UCGGACGGCCCGAAUCAAAUUGGGCUUGGCCGACUCCAAUUUAACCUGAUCUUUCUCUCUCUCUCUCCGCCACCGACAUGCUUCCGCCCAAUACUCUCCGGUUUCUGCUGGCGUCGCGUCCAUCAUCUUCUUCCUCCGCCUCCACCUCUGCAUAUCUUUGUAUCGCCACGGAGGAUCUCAUUCCUUUUCGUAAUGAGCAUGAGUUUGUGGGAAGUUGUCGAAACCCCCUAUUUCAGCGGGUUUGGUUUUUCUUCGACGAAUCGGUUCUGCAACGGACCGAACCAGAGACGACCGAACCAACAUCAGCCGACAAACCGGGUCGGGUUGCUUUCGGCUUCCUCUUCUUCCCAGUAAAACCCGUAGUCAUCUAAGAAACAGCUCUGCCUUUCACUUCCUCCCCAUCGAUCGUCGAUUCGGGUGAAGAGGAGGAACAUCGAUCGAUUCGAUGCCCCCAGACCCCUUGAUUUGCUCUUGAGGCGUCGAUUCGGAGACAUGAGCCCGGAAGAGAUCGGGACGGCGGCGAUCAAGCGCGCCAUCGUGGCGCUCCGAAAGCGGCAUUUGCUCGAGGAAGGCGCCCACGCUCGGGCCAUCAACGCCCUCUCCAGACCCCUCGUCGCGCAGGGCUUGGAGUGGAAGGAAAAAGCUGAAAACCUUGAGCUGGAACUGCAACAAUGUUACAAAGCUCACACACGGUUAUCUGAACAGCUUGUGGUAGAAAUUGCAGAAUGCAGAGAAUCAAAAGCCCUCGUUCAAGAGAAAGAAGAAUCAAUUAAUAAUUUGCAAAAUGACAUCUCACUAGCAAGGGAAGAAAACCUACAAAUUAAGCAGGACCUAGAUGAAAAGACAAAAGCUUUGGAUUUGUUAAUGAGUGAAAACCAGUCACUCAAAGCACAACUUGAGGAGAUUAGAUUGAAACUGAAAAAAACAGAGACUGAGAACAAGGAUUUAAUUGAUCGUUGGAUGCUUGAGAAGAUGAAUUCUGCAGAAAAGCUAAAUGAGGCAUAUUUCAUACAAUUAUCUUCCAUAGAGCAUUAGGACUUGUUCGGCCCAAGGAUGUUGAGUGUGAACACUUCAAGCUCACCUAUUUAAGUUGUUUGCCUUAUAACAGAAGCUACUUAAACUGUUGAGUUGUAACCAUAUCUGGCAUAUGUUGUUGCAUACAGUGUCCCAUUUGGAUUUAUUUCUUUAUGUUUGCUUUCUUUCAAUUUUUUUUGUGUAUGGUGUCAUAAUGUGGCAUCAUCAUUGGACACCCUUUCUUAACUAGGUAGCAUAUAUCCAAUUAUCCAUAGUUUAUCAGUCCAAGUUGUCAUGACCUUCUCUUUAUGCACAUGACCGGAUUCUGUAGCAAACAGUCAAUCCACAAGUUUUGGCAUGCA